AUGGAUGCGCAGUACCCGUUUGCAUCUCGUGAAGAUAUUUGGCGCGUCUUUGAAGAGGUCAAGGAUCUGUAUUCCACACAGCUCGAACACGGAGAGCGGAUUGCGAGGCUGGAGCGGCGGAGAGAGGAUGAUGCGCGGUUGAAGAGUGUAUGGGGUCCAAUCUCACAGUUUCCCAGCACCAUGAGUGGCCCACUCACAGAGCCAUCUUAUACACCCACCGUCGAUGCCUUCAAAGGGUUUGAUCAAGGUCAUCAUCACAGCAUCAUCACGAACAUGACCCUAGACAACGAGGAGGAGCCACGUCGGGGUGCGUCCAGGGCCAACAGUGUUCGUUUCGAUGAAAGCGCAAUCAAUGGGUACUACGGCCAAGUCAAUCGCUCGACAAGUGAGCUUCCCAUUCGGACGGGAAGCGGCAUGAGUAGCCAUGCCCUGACCGAACGUUCUCUAUCCCAUCGUUCCGAUGGUCGCCAGAGUUCUUCGGGACAUUCACAUCACUCUGCUCGGACUAACAGCAUGGGUAUCGAUACUGCACGCAUUGUUGGUUCAAGUGGUGGAUCGCCUGCAAGUUCGAUAAUGCCACCUCCUGGAUUGUUUCUGCUCGGGCCUGUUCCUUGUAUCAUACGAUGCUGGUUGACGACUACCUUCUCCAAUGACUCGUUACUGUAUGCAGCUGUUUGUUCCGGCUCAUAUACGUCUUCUCUCGGGUACAGCUUGAUUGAGAAGUUAGGGUAUGUGGAUCAAAUCAUUGUCGAAGAAGGCCUGCGCUACAUCAAGCUUCCUCUCUAUCUCCCCGAAGCCAGCAUCCAUCAAACAUCUUCCCGUACUGGCAGUCCCACGCCGCAGCUUCCGACUGUGACUGUUCGAUUUGCAGUGCGUGAUAUGAGCCCCGAUGACAAGAGCAUUCAUAUCAUUAUCGGAAGCGAUGUCCUCCGGUCCCACAACGCAGACAUUCUCUUCUCGCAGGACAAGAUUAUCAUGGUUGACGAUGACAGAAACAAGGUCUUCAUUCCGCUUGUACGUCCUGAAAACGAUGCAGUGUUCAAAUACCUCAACACCGCUUCCGACGGCUCGCGUGAGACUUACGCCAAACCGCAACAAACGCACGGCACAGAAUUGCAGGAAACUGCCAGUGGACGUGAUCAUGGUACCAUUGAGCGGCCACUCUCACAGGAUACCGGUUCCAUUGUGUCUACAAAGGUGGAAGAGCAAGACCGCGAACGUGAAUCAAGGCCUACGACAAGGGACGGCGGCCAAUCCGAGGCCGAUAGUCAAGCUGCAAGGGAGAGUGGUGCACCAGUUGAUCCAGAAGCUCAUCCUGGAGUUUCGCCAAAGACGGAGCCUGCUGGACCGUGGGGAUCAUGGCGACGCUCAGAUGGCAGUGCGAUUGGUAUGGCGAAAUCGAACCGUGGACGAACAAUGAAAGUGCUACGACCAUCAAAAUCACUAUCAUCACGAGUCCCAUCGACAACCUCUAGCCAUGCUCACGCCGCUUCGAAUGUCGAAACUCUGUCAUCGCCUGCUGGUGCAUCAUAUCAAGGAGGCGAAAGCAACCUAGCAGCUCAGACGCCUGGACCAGAUCUUGUCCAUCCGACACCGAGCCGAAGCGCCAGUUUUAAAUCAGGAGAUGGCUCAUGGUCGGCUACUGGCAAGCCUCGAGCAAGCAAUCCUAUCGGAGGAGCAUCUGCAUUUGGCUGGCUCAAUUCUUCGUAG